AUGUUUGUUUUUAUAUGCCGUGACUUUGUUUCUUUUUUCCCCUUUUUAUCUCUUUUUAUCCCUUUCUUUCUUUUUUUACUUUUUCAUUUUGAAUGCCCUUAUGUAAGUAAAUGCUUCUUACUAAUAGAGGAUUGUCCUUGGCAAUUUCUCUCUUAUCAUUUUAUUUUCCUCUCCCUUGUUCUUUUCGUUUUAUAUCAUUUUUCAUUUCGUUUCAUUUUAUAUCAUUUUUCAUUUCGUUUCAUUUUAUAUCAUUUUUCAUUUCGUUUCAUUUACUAUUUUAUUUUACUUUCGUUUCAUUUACUAUUUUAUUUUACUUUUGUUUCUAUUUUUGUUUCCGCUGCUCACACACACACACACACACACACCCUGCUCUUCCAGUUGCAUGACAUCAUUACACACUAA